AUGCAUUUCACACAAGCUGCAUCUGCCAUUUUGGCCACUCUUGCCUUCUCUUCUACCGUUUUGGCUGGUGUCCUAAAGACAGCCGAUAGUUUCUGCUCCAGCGCUGCAGGCUGCACAUGGCAGAACCCAGCUGAUUGGAAAGGUGUUCUUGAGUGCAGCUGCAAUCUUGCUUCACCGGACGGAACUUCAGUGCUUCUCAUUCAAGGCUAUACCGACUGGAACUACGAAGGAUUCGUCUUCAACGGUUAUUCCACCACUGGCUGCGUCGGCGACUAUGCUGUUAUCGACAAGAAUGGUAUCUCGGAAAUGCAAGGCAUAUACGACCACGGCGUCCAAAGUUAUAUCUGCGAUCCUUUGACUUCUUAA